CAGAGCUGCACAGCACGCGCACCGGACUCUACGCCUUCGUUCUCCUCCUUUAUUCUACUUUCUCCUCUUUUCUCCUCUUUUCUCCUCCUCUCUCCGCCUCUCUCCGCCUCUCUCCACGCCGCUCCGUCGCUCAGGGACCGUGGAUAUACCCCCCCGGCCUCCCCCUCCUGCCCGGUGACCGGCCGCAGACUCCCGGCAGCAUGAGCCAGACCGUGACGCUAACGGGACCGUCUCCGUGGGGCUUCCGGCUGGUGGGCGGACGGGACUUCAGCACGCCGCUCACCGUGUCCAGGGUGACGCCCGGCGGCAAGGCGGCCCAGGGGGAUCUGCGUCCGGGCGACACCAUCCUGGCCAUCAACGGCGGCAGCACGGAGCUCAUGACGCACAUGGAGGCCCAGAACCGGAUCAAGACCUGCACCCAGCAGCUGGCGCUCCACAUCGUCAGGUCGGGACCAGGAAACAGAGUGUGGUCGCCCACGGUGAGGAAGGACGGCAAGACGAGCCCGUACAUGGAGCCCGACUCGCAGAAUUUCCAUCCCAUCACCAGCGGAUACGGCGGUUCCGGUCGCAAACCCUCGUACACCCCUGAACCCCAGUUCCACCAGGGCCUCCAGUACCAGCAGGCUCCCCAGUCCACUCACCUGAACAACGGCCACCCCAGACCCAACAACGGCCACAGCCAGGGUUACGGCAACGGGCCGGCUCAGUACAACAACCCGGCCGGGCUUUACCACAAACGAGACAGAUCUCUGCCGAGCAAGAUGGGCGGCCUCAGCCUCAGCCCGGAGCCUCCCGCCCUGUCCCCCGGGGGCCGCAACGGAUUCGACCCGCAGUCGGACGUCUACAAGAUGCUGCAGGACUACGAGGAGCCGGCCUCGGCCCCCAAACAGUCCGGCUCCUUCAAAUACCUCCAGGGAAUCCUAGAGGCGGAGGACGGAGGCUUGUCCCCAACCGACAGGAUGAGAAACCUGAAGUCUCCAGUCCGCUCUCCCAUCCCCAAACUGGGGAGCCCCAUCCCCGGUCCCCUGGCUGGGCUCCAGAAGCUGCCCCAGUGCACACGCUGCUGCAACGGCAUUGUCGGCACCAUCGUGAAGGCCCGGGACAAGCUGUACCACCCCGAGUGCUUCAUGUGCGACGACUGCGGCGUGAACCUGAAGCAGAGGGGCUACUUCUUCAUGGAGCAGAGCCUGUGCUGCGAGGCCCACGCCAUGGCGCGCGUGCAGCCGCCCGAGGGCUACGACGUGGUGGCCGUGUACCCCAACGCCAAGGUGGAGCUGCUCUGAGUCCACGGGGCGCCGGUGACACGUCGGUGAACGCCGAGAGAGGAACGCUGGUUAUCACCACAAUAUUAUUCAUCAUUCAAAACAGGAAAUGCAGCCGCGGCUAACGUCUGCAGAUAUUAGAACGACACGUUUGUGUAGAUUCUAACAACCAGCAACGAGUUUUCUACCAGCAUGAUAUUCAGAAGAGGGGCGGGGCAACAACGUAAUCACCUUUGAAUUGAGCCACGAAUUACACACUUGAUGUUUGUCAAUUUAAAAGAUAAUUAUGUUGCAGUUGCAUUUAGUUUUGUGUGAAGCAGCUCAGCUAACGACAACACGGCUAACGACAACACGGCUAACUACAGUUCAGCUAACGACAACACGGCUAACGACAACACGGCUAACGACAACACGUCUAACUACAGUUCAGCUAACGACAACACGGCUAACGACAACACGGCUAACAACAACACGGCUAACUACAGUUCAGCUAACGACAACACGGCUAACGACAACACGGCUAACGACAGUUCAGCUAACGACAACACAGCUAAUGACAACACGGCUAACGACAACACGGCUAACUACAACACGGCUAACGACAACACAGCUAACUACAGUUCAGCUAACGACAACACGGCUAACGACAACACGGCUAACGACAGUUCAGCUAACGACAACACGGCUAACGACAACACAGCUAACUACAACACGGCUAACGACAACACAGCUAACGACAACACGGCUAACGACAACACAGCUAACUACAAUCCUUAUGAGAGGAAACUAAAACACGAGCGAGACACUUUUAUACACAAUUAUACAUUAAAGUGCCACUUUCAUGACCUGCAACAUUAUCUUUUAAACCGUCAAACAUCACAAUUCUAACGGGAUGUAAAAUGAUCGCUGUUGAUUACCGUAUGUAAAAUAUAUAUUUAUAGAUGUGAGUUCUGUGGUGAGGGCCAUGGAAGCCUCACAGGAUCCAGUGAGAUCUGGAUGAUUGGUGUUGUUUGUCUUUGGGACUCAUUUUGCAUUCUUAUCUUGCGUUGCCUUCUCCGUUUUGAUCACAUUCGUGCCACGUCGGUGAGGUGUGCUGACCGCUGAAGGUCUCAAGGUUCUUCUGUGUUUUUAAACAUCAUCGUGUUGCAGGUGAACUUUUGCAUUUUGUAACUCCCGUUGUUCAGACUUUUGGAGAAACGCCUCUUUGAUGGGCACUUUCUCUGCUUAUUCUUCAGCAAUAAUCCAUAACAAGCAGAUGUGUAAGGAGCAUAAUCCCGGUGAUCUCCCGGUGAACGGGUGAACUGUAAUCAAGGCCUCCGCAUGCAGCUGUCCAAGCACCGCCUUGUGAAGUGUAAAUACACCCCGAGGUUCUCCUUUCAUAAACAACUUUAAUGAUGACGCAACUUCAACAGGCAACAAUAAGCUCCUCCUCCUCUCACGGCAACUCAAACAAAUAUGUGCUUCAUGUGGCAGUAAUAUCAAGUGUGUAUAUGGAAAAUAGAAGUCGGACACUUCCUGUUCUGAACUCAGAUUUCAGCUCACAGCCGAGUCCACAACGCAGAUGAAUUAUACUCCGUGUGGCCGACCCGUCGUCUUGUAGUGAACUGGGUGGAGUUCUUAAUCUUAGAAAUGGUCCUAACACCUUCGUAGUGUUGCGUAGCGUCUGGUAUGCCAUCUGUACUGGUCAUCUUGUAAAUUAUGUGAAAAUUAUAUUGCUACCACGUUUCUCCGGUGUUGUACAUAUUAGUUUGGAGCGCUUCGGCAGACGGUUUUCACUCUUCUUCUUGUUUAACUUAUUGUUUCUACCAACAAGUGUUUCUUCUUUUGUUCCCGAGCUUCUUUAUUUGCUUGUUGUAUUUUCUAAAAAUCUAAAUAAAAUGAGAAGUGGUAUUAAUUAC